UGGAGUCGAUCCCAGAUAUCCACUCGCCGCUGAUGCAACACAUUGACAGGUUCCACUCGGUUUAUCCAUCGACCUCAAAAGUGUUAAGACAUUAAAUCUAAGGAGCGAGGCACCAUGGGAGAACAGCUGAGCCCAGAUGAGAAGCUUCACCUCAUCACUAGGAACCUUCAGGAGGUGCUUGGAGAAGAGAAGAUAAAGCAGGUCCUGUCAGAGAGGGAACUGAAGGUGUACUGGGGAACUGCCACCACAGGAAAACCCCACGUUGCCUACUUCGUCCCCAUGUCCAAGAUUGCGGACUUCCUCAAGGCAGGGUGUGAGGUGACCAUCCUGUUUGCAGACCUGCACGCGUUCCUGGACAACAUGAAGGCUCCCUGGGAGCUGCUGGAGCUGAGGGUCCAGUACUACGAGCAGGUGAUCAAGGCCAUGCUGGAGAGUAUCGGGGUGCCGCUGGACAAACUCAAGUUCAUUAAAGGGACAGACUUCCAACUCAGCAGAGAGUACACUCUGGACGUGUAUCGUCUGUCGUCCAUGGUAACGGAACACGACGCUAAGAAGGCUGGAGCCGAGGUGGUUAAACAGGUGGACCACCCUCUACUCAGUGGUCUGCUCUACCCUGGACUACAGGCUCUGGAUGAGGAGUAUCUGAAAGUUGAUGCCCAGUUUGGAGGAGUCGACCAGAGGAAGAUCUUCACCUUGGCUGAGAAGUACCUGCCCUCUCUGGGCUAUGCUAAGCGGUCCCAUCUGAUGAACCCCAUGGUACCAGGACUGACUGGAGCUAAGAUGAGUUCUUCAGAGGAGGAGUCUAAGAUUGACCUCCUGGACAGGAAGGAAGAUGUGAAGAAGAAGCUGAAGAAGGCUUUCUGUGAGCCGGGCAACAUUGAGAACAACGGAGUCCUGUCAUUUGUUAAACAUGUCCUCUUCCCACUCGUAGGAGAGUUCUCCAUCAAAAGAGACCCCAAGUUCGGAGGAGACAAAACCUACACAGACUUUGAGGAAGUGGAGAAAGAAUUUGGCGAAGAGCUGAUCCAUCCUGGUGACCUGAAGGCGGGCGUGGAGGUGGCCCUUAACAAGCUGCUCGACCCAAUCAGGAAGAAGUUUGAGUCUCCAGAGCUCCGUAAACUCUCCAACACGGCCUAUCCAGAGCCAUCAAAGAACAAGGGAGCAGGGAAGGGGAACCCUAAAGUAGCAGAUGAGGAUGAGCUGGUUCCCUCCAGACUGGACAUCAGGGUGGGCAAGGUCAUCAGUGUGGAGAAGCAUCCGGAUGCUGAUUCGCUUUACCUGGAGAAGAUAGACGUCGGAGAGGCGGAGCCAAGGACGGUGGUGAGCGGCCUGGUGGCCUACGUUUCCCAGGAGGACUUGCAGGACAGGCUGGUGGUGUUGCUAUGCAACCUGAAGCCCCAGAAGAUGAGGGGGGUGGAGUCCCAAGCCAUGCUGCUCUGUGCCUCCAUUGAGGGGGAUCCCAGAAGAGUGGAGCCUCUUGACCCCCCUGAGGGGUCGUCACCCGGGGAACGGGUGUUCGUUGAGGGGUACGAGACGGGCAAGCCAGACGACAAACUAAACCCAAAGAAAAAGCUGUGGGAGAAACUACAGGUGGACCUGAAGGUGUCAGGACAGUGUGUAGCCCAGUGGCAGGACAAACACCUGAUGACCAAACUGGGACACAUCACCUGUAAAACACUGAAAGGAGGCAACAUCAGCUAAGAGACACACUGUCAAUCAACACACGUCACCACGGCAACGUCACUCACACUGUCAAUCAACACACGUCACCACGGCAACGUCACUCACCCUGUCAAUCCCUUGAUGCGCUCUCUACUUGCCCAGCUUACCCUUCCCCAGAGAACCUCAACACACGUCACCACGGCAACGUCACUCACACUGUCAAUCAACACACGUCACCACGGCAACGGCACACUGCCCCGGCCGGAGAACUGAUCAUUCAUAUUAAUAAUAAUACCUUGAUCUGGGUUUAAAUAAAACGGUCUUAUUUACUAUCGAUAUCUCUGUUGCGUUUUCCCCUCCUGAUGGUUAAGUAAUCGUAUGGCUCUGUAAUCCUUGAGAAGUUAAUGUCCAUAUCUCCGUCUGGUGCCCUCUGGUUUUAAAAACAUUGUUUCAUGUGGUCUGGGGGAAAUUAUUUGAGUAAAAUAUGGAACGACGUUGGUCGUGACCUAUUAACCUAGAGAGAGACACGUCAGCAAGCCAUCAACAGUCUCUACUGUCCACAACCAUGUCUUCGAUCAUCCACCUCGGACCUUAUCCUUUAGUGCAGAGAUCCAUUGCGUUGGUAUGAGAAUGCUAGUGGGAUGUGAUAACGGUUGAAUUGGGCAGGUUAUACCGGUCCUUUCCUGUGGAAACGCUGCCAUUACUCUUAUGUCAUCAUCCAUCAUCAUCAUCAUCUGGAAAAUGAAAUAAACCUGUUGAAUUCA